GUCGGACAUGACGUCAAACAGCCACCAAGUGGACAUCAACUCGGCGCUGCCGCUGCGGCUCCCUCCGGCCGCCAUCCCCAUGGACCUGCGCGUGGACCAGCAGCAGCAGGUGUCCCCGCCCACCCAGCUGUCCCCCGGCGGCGGCGGCGGCGCGGCCUCCGUGCGCGAGCAGCAGCUGCAGCAGGAGCUGCUGGCCCUGAAGCAGAAGCAGCAGAUCCAGAGGCAGAUCCUCAUCGCCGAGUUCCAGCGGCAGCACGAGCAGCUGUCCCGGCAGCACGAGGCGCAGCUGCAGGAGCACAUUAAGCAGCAACAGGAGCUCCUGGCCCUGAAGCACCAGCAGGAGCUGCUGGAGCACCAGAGGAAGAUGGAGAACCACCGUCUGGAGCAGGAGCUGGAGAAGCAGCAGCGGGAGCAGAAGCUGCAGCUGCUCAAGAACAAGGAGCGGGGCCAAGAAAGCGCUGUGGCCAGCACCGAGGUGAAGAUGCGUCUGCAGGAGUUCGUCCUGAACAAGAAGAAAGCUCUGGCCCAGCGGAGCCUCAACCAGGGAGGCCUCCCCAACGACGCUCCCUACUGGUACCGUAAAACCCAGCACAGCUCUCUGGACCAGGGCUCCCCUCCGCAGACCGGCGUGUCGGCCUACAACCACCCCGUGCUGGGCGUCUACAACCCCCGAGACGACUUCCCGUUGAGAAAGACCGCCUCGGAGCCCAACUUGAAGCUGCGCUCGCGGCUGAAGCAGAAAGUUAGCGAGCGCAGGAGCAGCCCGCUCCUCCGGCGCCGAGACAGCCCCAUCACCACCGCCAAGAAACGCUCGCUCGACAUGGCAGACUCGGCGUGUAGCAGCGCCCCCGGUUCAGGCCCAAGCUCCCCGAACAACAGCUCCAACAACAUCCCCAACGAGAACGGCAUCACUGUGUCCGUCUCCAACAACAUGGAGACGUCUCUGGCGCAGAGGCUGUGCAGUGGCGCCGACAACCAGCUGUCCCUGUACACCUCGCCGUCCCUCCCCAACAUCACCUUAGGACUUCCAGCCACUGCAACCACCACCGCCGCCUCCAGUGUCGCCUCGGCUCAGCAGGACGCAGGCCUGCAGCCGGCCCUCUCCCUCAGCCCCACCUUCCUCUCUGGAGCACAUUUGACCUCCUACCUCGCAGAAGCUGGCGGGGGAACCGGAGGCGCCCACAGUCCGCUGCUCCAACACAUGGUUCUGAUGGAGCAGAGCCCGGCUCAGAGCCCCCUGGUGACAGGUGUGAGCGGCCUGUCCAUGUCGCCGGCGUCCAUGUCCAAGCUGCAGAGGCAGCACCGGCCCCUGGGGAGGACGCAGUCGGCCCCGCUGCCCCAGGGCAGCGCCGCCCAGGCCCACGCCCAGGCCCUGGCCCUGCAGCAGCUGGUGGUCCAGCAGCAGCACCAGCAGUUCCUGGAGAAGCACAAGCAGCAGUUCCAGCAGCAGCAGCUGCACCUCAACAAGAUGAUGGGGAAGCCCGGCGAGUCGGGCCGGCAGCACCAGAGCCACCCAGAGGAGACGGAGGAGGAGCUGAGGGAGCACCAGGACGGAGAAGGCGGGGCUCUGCUGCCGGGGGUCACCAUCAAGCAGGAGCCCCCCGACCCGCAGGAGCUGCAGGAGGAGCUGCUCUUCAGACAGCAGGCCCUCCUGCUGGAACAGCAGAGAAUCCACCAGCUGAGGAACUACCAGGCCUCCAUGGAGGCAGCUGGCCUGUCCGUGUCCUUCCCGGGCCACCGUCCCCUGUCCCGGGCCCAGUCGUCUCCAGCCUCCAGCCCCUCUUUCCCGAUGGGUCCUGCCCCCGACCCUCCGGUCGCCCGCUUUACCACAGGGCUGGUGUACGACUCCCUGAUGCAGAAGCACCAGUGCAUGUGUGGGAACACCAACAGCCACCCGGAGCACGCGGGCCGGAUCCAGAGCAUCUGGUCCCGGCUGCAGGAGACCGGACUCAAGACCCAGUGUGAGUGCGUCCGUGGGAGGAAGGCCACGCUGGAGGAGCUGCAGACGGUCCACUCAGAGGCCCACGUGCUGCUGUACGGAACCAACCCGCUCCGGCAGAAACUGGACUGUUCCGUUACGCCCAUGUUCGUCCGGCUGCCGUGUGGAGGGGUGGGGGUGGACAGUGACACCAUUUGGAACGAGGUCCACUCCUCCGGCGCCGCUCGCCUGGCCGUGGGCUCGGUUGUGGAGCUGGUUUUUAAAGUAGCCACCGGAGAGCUGAGGAACGGAUUCGCUGUGGUCCGUCCUCCAGGUCAUCACGCCGAGGAGAGCACCCCCAUGGGCUUCUGCUACUUCAACUCAGUGGCCAUCGCAGCCAAACUGCUGCAGCAGAGACUCAACGUCAACAAGAUCCUCAUCGUGGACUGGGACGUCCACCAUGGCAACGGGACCCAGCAGGCUUUCUACGACGACCCCAAUGUCCUCUACCUGUCCAUCCAUCGCUACGACGACGGAAACUUCUUCCCAGGAAGCGGAGCGCCCGACGAGGUGGGCAGCGGGCCGGGGGCGGGCUUCAACGUGAACGUGGCGUUCACUGGAGGCCUGGACCCCCCCAUGGGGGACGCAGAGUACCUGGCUGCUUUCAGGUGUGUGGUGAUGCCCAUCGCCAACGAGUUCUCCCCGGACCUGGUGCUGGUCUCCUCGGGCUUCGACGCCGUGGAGGGACACCCCCCUCCUCUGGGCGGCUACACCCUGACGUCCAAAUGUUUCGGCUUCCUGACCCGGCAGCUGAUGACGCUCGCUGGAGGCCGGCUGGUUCUGGCGCUGGAGGGAGGUCACGACCUCACCGCCAUCUGCGACGCCUCCGAGGCCUGCGUGGCCGCCCUGCUGGGCCAGGAGCUGGAUCCUCUCCCGAAGGCGGUUCUGGAGCAGAGGCCCAACGCCAACGCUGUGCGCUCCCUGGAGAAAGUCAUCGAGAUCCACGGUCAGUUCUGGCACUCGGUGCGGCGCCACUCGACCCGACUCGGGCUGUCGCUGCUGGAGGCCAAACGAAGCGACUCGGAGGAGGCAGAGGCCGUCAGCGCCAUGGCCUCGCUGUCCGUGGCCAACAGCACCGCCGUGGAUCAAAGGUCGGAGGAUGAGGAGCCCAUGGAGGAAGAGGCUCCGCUGUAACUGAGGCGGCGUCACCUUUGACCUUGACCGACCCCUUGAUUUAGCCCCCCUGACCCCCCCACUCACCACGUCAGUCACUUUGAUUGACGGCCCCUCGGCCUAAUCGAGGGAGAGGGGGCAGGCUCGGCCUCGGCGCAGGGAGCCAAUCAGAAGACGGAGGACCGAACUGGAAAACAAAAACUAUUUAGCGGCGGCGCCCGCUCAGAGACUCUUUUCUGCCCGUCUUCACGCACCCCCCCACAUUAGCCCCCAGCGGCUAACCGAGUGCUGACGACAGCGGGCGAGUCGUUUGUGAGGGGGUGGGCACUGAGCACGCUCAGUCCAGACA